CACAAGCUUUGCGCAGUACCUAAUUUUACUAAAGACGCCCCCGAAAAUGAUUUCAUGGAUUUGUUUUGACUCUGGUUACGAUUGAGCCGUAACUCUUUGAUUGCCGAGGAAGCCCGAUCUGAAUCAAUCAGAGCUGUGAUUUUUCCAGCCAUAGCGGCUUCUACAGCUGUAUUAAAAGCACUAUUUAUGUUACUAGGCAAUCUCAAUCCAGUUUGUGGCGGGUUCGCGCCGACUCAAAUCUGCUUGUUGGACGGGGACCCAUCAUCAUUAUCAUGGCCACCCCGUCAUCCAGGCACAACCCUGGGCAAACGCCUCACCCAACCUCAUCACCUCAUCCAUCAGCAGUGCCCAUGGGCCGUCCUCUUUCCCACAAGUCCCCUUCUAUUAGGACGCCUUCUGCUUCUGGCCAUGGACACCACCCCAGUAUUUCUUCACACCAGUAUCCGACCCCCAUGGCUGCCCCUACCUCGGUGGAGGAUGCUGUUGCAUUCAGCUCACCAUCGGCGCUGCUGGCUCUUGGCUUGGGCGGUAUCACGCCAUCUCCUGCAGGGAACGAUGCUCUAACCGGGCCAGGGAUCAACGAAAACGGCAUCCAUUCAAUGGGGAUGUCGGCCUUGGGUAUGGGCGGCCCAAGGGACACUGAUGAAGAGAAAGCUCGCCGAAUGGAAGAGGUGAUCCGUCUGCUGAGAACUCGUGUUUCUGGAAGAGGCAUAUGCCGUGAAGGUGUGGAGAGGCUAGGGAAGUUUGAGGGCUUCGAAUGUAUGUGGCAAGAAAAUAUACUAAGCAUUGCCGGGAACCUUGUGGAUUUGGAGAUCCAGUUUGAAGAUGGGUCGGAGAACGUUAAAGAUGUCAGCUUAAAGUAUACUACUCCAAGUAUCGUGGAAGGGGAAAGACGAGUAGAGGCUACUGCGGUACUAAAGCGAGAUCUAAUGCAGACUGUUGGGAAGGAUGAAGAGAUUCCCUGGAAAAGCCUUGAUGCGUUCCAUUCCAAUUUACAUAGGCUAGCCAAAUUGGAUCGGCUCAGUCGAGAGAUCAACUGCUUUGAAGCAGUCGAAGGACUGUACAAGAGUUUGAACCGACUAUGGGAAGGUGAAUUAAGCCGAUAUCCAGGGAGGGGCCAUUAUGAGCAUGUUUGCACGAGCCAGGUGGGCCAUCCCGGGAUCCACCAAGACGGCCGGAUUGGUCUGAGCCUCCAAUAUUGGGUUGAGCAAAGACAGACUUUGGAUUCAAAUCGGAAUGGCCGUCCGAAUGCCAUGAAUAUUGAUCAACCCACCCCAGACGAUCGAAAGCCGGCUCCUGCCAAGAUACAUAAGACAUGGAGAGCAGCGAUCGAGUGUGAAGAAGGCUAUCCAUCAUUACGAGUGUCUAAGGAAUGGAUCGCGGCCGAACUUUUUACAACUAUGAAUAACGGGGAGUCCUCUUUAGCCGCCGACGGGAACGACUCUGAGAUUUUGUUAGUCAACUGGAUUGACCCUCCUGCCACCCUCGUCAGCAACCCAAACGAUGUUCCUCUCGAUUCUACUGCCUUAGGUACUACGACACCAAAUCGGCGUUUCGUUGCGCGCUUGGAACCUCCUAUCGAUAUGCCUAUAAUCGCAGCAGCGGAAGUAUACAGGCUACUUGGGAUGAACAUGCCCGUGGAGCCCAAAACGGUUACAUAUGAUGGACUGGUAGUUCCUCUGCCAAACUUAGCUUCGACAGGAGACGGUCAAGACGAUAAUAGUUUGGCAGCGUCCAACGGAAGAAUUCAUGAAAAAGUUGUGUAUAGCUUUGACGACGAUUGCCAACCGAGAAAACACCGGCAUAUAUACACUUUCCACCCCUUUGAGCAUAUUGUCGGACGCACCAUACGUGAUCUUCCGUUUUCUCACCCUCGGCAGUUGGCUGAUGUUCUUCCUAUCCUACGCCAGUACGCACUAUUGUCUAGCCUCCUUCACAGAGUAUUUGUUGGCCAAAACAACCAAACUGUCAGGUCGAGCAAAUCUCCCUCAGCCCACUCGGUGAUCUCAGCCUCGCCAAACCAGACGUCCAAGUCUGACGUCACGUUUAUAACCAAUAUCAGCCCUACAGUAUCCAAACUGAACGCUAUGCUUUCGCGUGACGAUUCCAAGCAUGUUAUCGAGAGAAGCAACGGCAUUGAUUCUCAUGUUAACGCGCCUUUUCCCCCUGCGCCGGCAACUGAUGACCGGAAAAUAGACAUAUCUUUACGAACUCCGAUAUUAGGGCCACCAUCCUUAAUGCUAUUAUUCAACGCGCCUAAGAGAGGGCCAAAUGCGUCCAUGGAAAACCCGACGACGAUAACAAUCAAUAUAGAUAUCGGACUCAAUGGUAACAUCACGGUCUCACGGGUUGGUGGAAUGUGGGAUGACGUAAGCGACAGCACAGAAGGACCCUUGAACGAUAUAUCCAGAACAGAAUCGCCGCACCUCCACCAAAGCCUCGCCAGGGUGCUGCAGAUAUCUGAGGAUUUUGGCAUCCUGGUCGAAUGGGUAUUGAAAUGGAUGCGGAAUCAUGAAGACCAUACCAAUCGCUGAUUCAAGCAAGCAACGAUACAAGGAGUGACCGCUAAUUAUGCUAUCCGUGUCACAGGCGACGUCACCACCUUCCAGAUGGGCGAAAACAUUCACACUUUCAAUUUCAAUCUGCACACAUACCCACAAAACAUUGAAAUGGACUACAGUCAGGCUAAUAACCUACUGUGUCUGUGCAUAUGCGAUCUAGAUAGAAGGCCGUGUCGAAAAAUGAUAAAUACGUCUUUCAAUACUCCACCUCAUUCUAGGCUCAACAACUGCUGCUGUAGGAUCCCCACCCACGAGUUCGCGCCGCAACUCCUACCAUCUCCAAUCCCAAAGUAGAAUUUGCCUCCACCAAUAUGAAGCUUAAAACAAAUUCGCACACAGCGUUUUGCUGAAAACAGAAAUCCCCUCCCUAUCUGAGUGGGACGCACUGCUGGGGUCGGUCUUUUUCCGGUGGAACUGGUGGCGAAUCGAUGAUGGAUUGAUUGCGACGAAUUGCCAUGUGGGGUGAAAAACGGCCGUUGCCUUCGGAAAGCCGAAGAUAAUGUAUUGAGACAAGAUAUUUUUGCAUGUAUAUAAUCUACUCGCAACGGCGCUCACACAGCUAUAAGAUCUAUCUAUCUAUGCAGUUAUCAAUUCUCC